AUGGUGGAGAUUAUCCUUGACCCGAGUAUCCGUGAUUGGGUGGUGUUGCCUAUGAUCAUCAUCUUUGGAUGUUCGGCCAUGGUGCGUCACUACGUUACACUGCUACUUAAAAGCGAGAAGAUGGCGAGUGUCGAGCAGCUCAUGUCCAUGAACACGGUCAAGCGCGCUCAGAUUACGCGCAUCAAUUCCAAGUUUAUUACGCCUGAUGCCUUUGCCAUGCGCAAGCACUAUUUCACGGCGUCGCAAAAGAAUGACGGCAUGAAGGGAGCUCUGCGCGAAAAGGUCAAGAGUGAAGCCAUGAACCAAAUGAUGAACCCCAACAGUAUGCUGGAGAUGAUGAAGGGGAACAUGACAUUUAUGGUGUCGAACUUUGUCAUGAUGGGGCUCAUGAGCUACUUUUUUGGUGGUUUUGUGCUGGCUAAGGUGCCUUUCUCUCUCACCCAAAAGUUUAAGAUGAUGCUGCAGCGUGGCAUUGAACUCAACACACUCGAUGUGUCGUACGUAUCGUCAGUGUCGUGGUAUUUUCUCGUGAGCUUUGGCAUGCGUGGUUUCCUCUCGCUCAUCCUCGGCGAGAAGAGCGCUAGCGACGAUGCCAAGGCAAUGCAAAUGCAGAUGGGCAUGGGUGCUGGUCCCAAUAUGGGAUUUGACGCACCGAAGGUGUACAAGCAGGAGCGUGUGAGUCUCCGCCUCCACACGCACGAGUGGCAGCUGGAAUUUGCCGAGAAGAAGCUAUUGGGUGAGACCAUUCCAGAGAAACCCAAGAUGUCGGUUACCUCGUCGUCCACCAGCUCAACGACCACGAAUACGGAGAAGCGAUCGUCCAAGUAUUCCAAGAUCUCUAAGAGGAAGUAG